ACACUUGUCGCAAAAUUGUUGUGCUCCAGUAUAGCAACUCAGAACGUUGUGGACAGACGCGAUCUAAAAGAAGAUGCAAAUUUUAACAAAACUUCGACCCUUUUUGGUUUUUUGUCAGUUGUUUGGGGUGAUUCCGUAUUCCGUGGAAACUGAAGAAUACCCAACGAAAACAAAAUUCAAAAAAUUCUCUUUCUCCCUACGUCAGCCAGUCGCUUGGUGGUUCUUUUUCCAGUGCACUUUCCAAGUGGUAGUUUCUUGUUGGGACUUUAAAAUGAUUUGGAACGUACUACAUGAGGAUGAUGGAGUCUUACGAUCCCAUGUUUCUCGCAUCAUUUCAUUCUUCGUUCUCCAGGAGCACAUUUUCUAUGUUGCAUUGAUGGUUAUGUCUCGCUACGUCAUUAUCAAAUACGUCUGCUUUCGUCGGACUGUAUACUUUCUGCAGAAGAUAAACAGCGAGUUGAGGGUGGAUGAUAUGUCUCCAGAUGGCAUUCCGACAGUGACACGGUCUGCAAUGUUAAGCAUAAUAUCUGCAAUCGUCGGUACAAUCGCUUUGAUAGCUUCAAAUACCGCUUUAUUCAAUCUGAAGGUGGAAAACGAAGGAUUGAUUCCUGCUGUUAUGGUUGUCGUCGGUCGGUUCUUCAUUUCUAUAAUGCUGAUAAGCACUUUUUCAAUCAUUUAUCUUUGCUACAAAAUAACUGCUUGUUACAUUCAAUUCAUCAUCUUGGAUAUGAAACGACCGUUUCGGCUUUCGCCAACCGAAAACGUCCCGGAAGAAAAACAAUUUGCUUGGAUUCAAGUGGUGGACACUAACGCAAUAUUAAGUUGGAAAAACAAACUCAGACACAGCAAGCGAAUGUUUGGAUAUUUGUGCGAGGCGAUCACAAAUUUAAAUCAAGUGUUCUCGUAUCCCGCGUUAGUCUUCCUGACACUUCGAUUAGUUUCAUCAGCUUUUAGUUUAUACAUCAUCAUUAAUGGACUGAUGAACAACAAUAAUGAAUUUUUCCAAGCCCUUAUUCCUGCAUGUGUCGCAAAUUCCAUCGUUAGCUUCUUGAGUGUUUUCGUUGUUCUUAAAGCUACCGAAUCUCCGAACGUCCAGGCACGACAUCUCCGUGAGAGAAUCUUUACCAUUUUGAAUGAGGAAACCGAUCUUCAAAUGGACGAUGAGCUUGAGGCAUUGUUGUUUCUCAAAAAUAUCUCCGAAGAGCGCAUUCGAUUGUCAGCCGCAGGACUUUUCCAUGUUGGCUUGAAUCUUAUCCCAUCGUUAACUGCGUCAAUUAUUACUUACUUCAUUAUAUUGCUUCAGACCAAAUUUGACUAG